GCGGGUAACAUCGCGGGACGCAGCUAUCAAUAAUAAAAUUUAAUGUUUCCGAAGCGAAGCGAGGGCGGGUCGCUAGUGUUACAUAAACCUGUGUACAUAUAUGGAUGUAAAUACUUGUGUACCUUUUAAUAUUCGCGCCGCAGUGACCAAAAAAGUCUGGUCCGUCUCUGUGCAGGUAGUGGCAUUGGCGCCUCUGUACCGGAUGCUGCCCCAUCAUCUCUACGACCCCCAGAGCUUCGGUUCCCUGUCGUCGCCGCUACAGACCAUGGAAUACGCCGAUUGCGGCUCCGACUCCCUUCAGGUCCUCGCUCCGAAGUUCGACUUCGUCCCGCCAGACCACAUCACGCUGUUCAUAACUAAUCAGGGAGGAAGCUGCCCGUCCUACAUCUACAGAUUACUGUCAGAGAUAUACGAUCCUAAAGAUUAUCAAAUUUGAUUGUAGGGUGUGUAAAUAAAUA